AGUAAGGGUUUCCCAGGGAUUAGACGGUGCUUUUCAGCUCCGGGAUCCUAUAGCUAGACAGAGAUGCAACGUUCGCGGAUGAGGUUACCCCUGGCCUUCGUGUUAACGGCGCUCUUUCUACCUUGAAGGUGGGGUGAAGCUUCGGCAUACACUUCUGUUUCAAGUGUUUCGGCGUUCAGGGAAGCGGAUAAGCGGAGAUCUUUGGGAUAUCCUUGUGCUAGUUUCAGGGAUUAGUGUGCCAAUCUUUGUGUUAUCCCGUCUCUCACAGCGGCGCAACACCCAAAUCCUACGUUGUAGUUGAUCUAAAGGACACUGAGAUUCUGCUCAUACGCUCUGACCAUGCUGGGAAUCCUCAUCUGUCCCUCACGCCGGGAGCGUCAACGGCGCUCUGAGUUUUACCAGUCUCCCUCUGCCGGCUUGAUUGAUCAUCAACGUUGUAGCCAGAAACAAAUGGAUUCAGUACACUCAUCCGUGCCCCCGACCCCGCCGUUUCCGGACCCUGUACUUUUGUCUAAUCCCUGCCAACCUCAUUUGUCUAGCUCAGAGACGUUCACCGUGACGCAAAGCAGUACAAUGCGCACAUCAGCGCCUGCCCACUGGAAGGUCGACUUAACAGGCGUCCCUGUAGGACCAUGCCAUGUUAUUCAAUUUAUAUUCAUGGUGCUCGGUCUGAUCUCAUUUGGACAUGCCGACCUAGAACCUGUAUGGAAAGUCGCAAUCGCAGAUGAUAAAGACUGGAUAGAGCAAAAGGACCGGUUGGCGGAGAGGAUCAAUGCCAUCACUGUCAUCGCGCGGUUGAUGUUAUCUUCUACUGCCGCUUUCGCUACCACACCGCCUCCUAGCCGGUCAUUACUUGACUACACCGGAUGGGCAAGGUUAGACGAAUGGGCAGUUAAGGAUGCUUUGGAGGGGAAGACGGAGAAUGAAAGGGUGUGGUGAACAAGAAAGAUAUGUGGGAGAUUUGUAGAUGAGUGUUGAUCGUGACGUGCGUACUGCGUGCAUGCAUCCCCGCGACCCGGACAAUGCUAGAUGCCUUUCACAGACCUCGUGGGUCUACACGCUUGUAUUGUAUGUUUUUUCUUCAUGCCGGUCCUGCCGGUUAUCUGAUAGAUGUUGAAAUUACACAUGCGCCUGAUAACCUUGUCCUUUUAUUUAGUUAUAGAAGACGAUCAAAGGAAAACUGGGGC